CAGCCUCUCCUACUCCAGUCACCAAAAUGGAAGAAAAUGCAAACACCAGCUUGGAAGAAGAUUUCGAAGGACAAGCUACACACACAGGGCCCAAAGGUGUGAUCAAUGACUGGAGAAAGUUUAAAUUAGAAAGUGAAGAUAAAGACUCCUUACCCUUGAGCAAGAAAGAAAUUCUUAGACAAAUGUCUUCACCACACAGGUCCUUCAGUAAAGAUGAUAAAGAUACCAGAGAGAGAUUCUGCCGUAAGAUGAGUAUGCAGGAGUAUGAAUUAAUAAAUGAUGAGAAAGAAGAUGAAAGUUGCCUACAAAAAUACCGUAAACGCUGCAUGCAGGAUAUGCACCAAAGGCUGAGUUUUGGGCCUAAAUAUGGCUAUCUGUGUGAGCUGCAAAAUGGAGAACAGUUCCUGGAAGCCAUUGAAAAAGAACGUAAAACUACCACCGUCAUUGUUCACAUUUAUGAAGAUGGCAUCAAGGGCUGCAAUGCUCUGAACAGCAGCUUAACCUGCCUUGCUGCUGAGUACACUACUGUGAAGUUCUGCAAGAUCAAGGCCUCCAACACCGGGGCUGGAGACCGCUUCUCAGACGAAGUGCUUCCCACUCUGCUCGUCUAUAAGGGUGGAGAGCUUCUGAGCAAUUUCAUCAGCGUUUCUGAACAAUUCAAUGAGGAAUUCUUUGCUGUGGAUGUGGAGUCUUUCCUAAACGAGUAUGGGUUGCUACCUGAAAGGGAGCUUCCAGCACUGGGAAAUGUCAACACGGAUGAGCAAGAUGUUGAAUAGAAAGCCAUAGUCCUUGCUGCCUUCCCUUUCUCUCCUGCACAUUAUAUAUCAAUCUCAGUAAUACCCAACUCAUUUAGAGAAGUUUGUCAUUGCUUCCUAACAUAUUUGUAAAAUAUGCAUAUAUAAAUACUCCUUAACUAUUAGCAUGUGAAUUUUUAAGUAAAACACAUACAACAGCCAGCAAUGUACAUAGUGAUUUCUACACCAGGCACAAGUAACAGGAAGAACAAGAGAUGAUACUGGUGAUCUGUAAGAAACUAGGCAUGCAAAAAAUUAAAAAUCAAGGGCCUGAGCAGGUCUCCACUAUGCACAAGAAUGACUUCAUAUCAACAGGAACAGAACUGAUCUGUCCCUGUGCAUACAAGAAAAGCUAUCUCUCUCCAUCAUCAGAAAUUAUGUAGAGUCCUGGCUCCACAGAUUCACUUUUGCAGCUACUUUUAGUAGGAACAAGAUUUCAGCGAUUCAUUUAGUUUUAAGCACAAACAAGUAGCCUGAAGCCCUUGCAAUCUUAAAUGGCUUAGGUACCUAGGACACUAUUUCAUGUUACCGCAUUUAAGUUUCAUUAACUGUGAAAAUACUGAAGUUAGCGCAAUGCUUCUAUUAACUCUCCCAUUGCAACAGCUAACACAAACAAACUACCAGCUAAUUUCAGUUUAUCAUUGCUCCAUGUUUUGAACUGUAAUAUUUAAAAUAUUUGCGAGCUAUUGAAAAAGUAUAUUGUGCUUAUGUAAUAACUCUGAAUAAAGCUUAACAGCUCUCAAAAACU